CGUUUCUCGCGGAACCACCCUUCAAGAAACCAGCAACCAACUCCCGCGGUCGUUUGCCCUCGCCCCUACGCGUCCGGACAAAGGGUAAUCUUGGGGCUUCUUGUAGCCCACCUUUUCUGUGUAUAGUAUCAAGCUGACUGUUUGCGCGCAGUUACCCAUUGUGCAUAUGGAAAGCAGCGUCGGCCAAGCUCUCAUCAGCCUCUCGCAAAUGACUGAGCAGCAGCACCACGAACUAGCCCAAAACGCUCAAGGGGCGAACGCACUGCCGUCGACUCCCCCGCUGAUGGAACCAUUGGUCCAGACAGAACAGGCUCGUCAGAGGUUAAUUGAGCAGCUGCACCCUCAUAUCCCUUCAGAAGCCACCAGCCUCUUGUUUGAUGCGGGUUAUGAAACCAUCGACGCCAUUCGCACACUCAACGUUAACUUGACUGACCCAAACAAUGAUCUCGUUUCGGCCGAGUACUACACAAAGAGAACUUUGAAGCCUGGUCAUCGCAAGUUGGUUAUUCAAUAUGUAACCAAUCCACCAUAUGGGCUCGAUCCAAAUGAUCCCGCCAAUGCAAAUGUUCUGGCUGCACUGGGUGCGUCUCCGGGUCCCCGUAAGCGUCGCCGAAUGACGGAUGAAGGGAGCCCUCUAAUGCAGAGUCCACCAGAUUUGCCUACUUUACUCGCGUCAUUGGAGCGUCACUUGGCAGAGUCACCUGUAACGAGAGCGCUAAGAAAGGAUGUGGACUAUCGGGUUGGUGUUGAGCAUUCUAGGGAUGGCCGCGGGGCAGAAGGAGUAUGGAAGUGCCUCGUAUGCAACUCGCGUCCCGUAACCAUUUCGCUUCGAAACGGAGGUCGCCAGCCGCAGCUUUCAAAUGUCGGAACUCACUUGAAGACGGUAAAGCACACCACUGCAUUGGAGCAGCGCAAUGCGAGUGCGCAGUUUCUCGGUGCAGUAACAAACGGUGACCCAAGCCAGAUCACAAGCAACCCUGCUGCAGCCGCUGCUGCAGCGGCCGCAAUGGCGGCUGCUGCCCAAAACGCGUUUCAACAGCACCAACAUCCAGGAGUAAAGAACGUGUAUGAUAAUGUUUCCAAUGUGGGAGGUGGACAUCUUCCGCAGGUGUCAACUUCGCUGGGGGGUAGCCCGCAUGUCUCUUCGACGGCCCCUCAGCAAACACACCAGCACCAAUCACAUGGACACCCUGGGCAUCCGAGUCAUCAGCACCCACAACACGGAGGCCACAGUCAGCUCGGAUUGGAUGAGCGCAAGUCGUAGCUGUGGGAAAUGGGGGAAAGUCUGGGCAUAUCCGAUGAGUGAAAUAUUGCUUGUAAUGUGUAUUUGAGAAUAGGCGCUGGAGUUGUUUUGCUUUUCUUUUCGUAAAUAGUUUAUGGGGAUGCUCGGUUUUGGGCAGUCUCGUGCAGAACUUGCUUCAUGAGCAAAUGCACGUACUUGGAACUUGAUAAUAUAUAAUGUUUCUCCAAA